AUGGAGAAGUGUCAAUCUGAUCAGAUGGCUUAUGUUAAAGGGGCUGCCUUUGAAGCUCUGCAAACUGCAAGGAGAAUAGGCGCAGAUAAAGGCUCAAAACUUGAAAAAGGUCCUGGUUCUGUCUGUGGGUCAAAUUUUAUUAGGAGAGGCCACAGCAGGAGGAGAAACCUAUCAAGUGCCGGUGAUCAAUCUCCUGCAUCAAUGUCACCCGAGUCACAGACCCUUGAUUCCUUUGUUGAAUAUGAAUCAUUGGUUGAGUCACCUAUUUCAAUGAGUCAGGCUUCUCAAAAUUCAAUUUAUGAUUGUAGGAGUGUAAACCGGAAGCUUUGGAGUCGUGAGAAUGGAGUAGUUGAUGUGUCUCUCAAGGAUGGCUUGUUCUCAGAAAUUGCUCGGGGUAGUGCGUACUCGAAUGGAUAUCCAGAGAACUCUGGGAAUAAUGAAUUCAUCAAAUGCGAAGGAGAUUGCACAGAGGAAUUUGCAGGGUUCCUGCAAAGAAAUCCUAGGAAUGGAGCAUCAAGAAGCACCACAACCAGUCCUCUGAGGUCACGCACUCCCAUCAAUGUUGACAACAUCAUCUUCAACACUCCGAGGAGGCUUGUUCACUCUCUUCAGGAUCCAAGUAAUGUCUACUCUAAGUCCUCUGAGAAACGAGCCAGAAGAUUUAGAAGUUUAUCCAUGAGUGAAUUUGAUUGGAGCCCAAAUGCCAGAUACGACCAAGAAGGCUAUUCACAUGGUGUGAACUAUGAAUGCGGAGAGAAUGGGAGCUUCUAUGCUGGUGAUGAGCAGUUUCAAGGUGGCCCUGAAUCGGUAUCAUCAACAGAUGGCAUUCCUGUGGAUGCUGAUUUGCAGGUGUCUCAGGAGGUUGUUCCAGAAAAUGAAACAGAAACUCAAAUGUCUGGCAUAAAAAGUGCCCGUCGAAAGGUUGCUGUGAAAUUGUUGUGUGGACUUUCGUUCGCACUACUUGCAGUAGCUAUGCCACUACUUUGGAUUAAUGAUCAAGGUGAAGGGCAUGAAGGUUAUUAUCUUGUUCCAACUUAA